AUCGUCUACCGGGUUCGGGCUGAGGGGCUCGCCCACAGGCCAGGGUCUCCUGCAGCAGACACGCCCCACUAUGGGCAACUUGACGUCUGAGAGGCGCCAUUUCCGCCCUCAUCCUAGGCCUAAAUAGAGGGGGCGGAGCCGAGCGGAAAGCGCUCUGCUUGUACGUCACGUCCGGUGAGCCUAGUGGCGACAACGGCAACAUGGCUCUGAACGGUGCUGAAGCCGACGAUUUCUCCUGGGAGCCCCCAACGGAAGCGGAAACGAAGGUUCUGCAAGCGCGAAGGGAGAGACAGGAUCGCAUCUCCCGGCUCAUGGGUGACUACCUGCUGCGUGGUUACCGCAUGCUGGGCGAGACGUGCGCGGACUGCGGGACGAUCCUCCUCCAAGACAAACAGCGGAAAAUCUACUGCGUGGCUUGUCAGGAGCUCGACUCAGACGUGGAUAAAGAUAAUCCGGCUCUGAAUGCCCAGGCUGCCCUCUCCCAAGCUCGGGAACACCAGCUUGCCUCUGCCUCGGAGCUCCCCUUGGGCUCUCGGCCAGCCCCUCAGCCCCCAGUACCCCGUCCAGAGCACUGUGAGGGAGCUGCAGCAGGGCUCAAGGCAGCCCAGGGGCCACCCCCUCCUGCUGUGCCUCCAAAUGCAGAUGUCCUGGCCUGCACACAGGAGGCCCUCCUGCAGAAGCUGACCUGGGCCUCAGCUGAGCUGGGCUCUAGCGCCUCCUUGGAGACUAGCAUCCAGCUGUGUAGCCUAAUCCGGGCUUGUGCCGAGGCUCUGCGCAGCCUUCGGCAGCUGCAACACUGAGAGGCCCCUCCUGAGAAAAACCCUGUCCAGAAAAACA